AUGAAAUUCCAACUAGCUCUUUUAUUUCUUUAUUCUGUUAGUGCUAAAAAUUUGCCACUCAAAGGUUUGUUCUUCCAUUUUUUUCGGAAAUGCGUUUCAAAUUGUUUAUUGUCUUAAAAGUUUAUUAGUUUUUGCGUCUCAAAAAAUUCUCGUUCAAAAACUAAUAAACACAACACACAUAUAUAUAUAUAUAUAUAUAAUAAAAAAUUUAAGGGAUCUUUUUCCUUUUUCGAAAAAAGCUUUUAGAAAGGAAAUCGUAAAAGUUAACAGCCCUUUUCUUUAUAUAUAAAAACCAUUCCUUUUUGAAAGGGGAAUUCUGUGAGAAAAAAAGUGAAAACCCCCCGCUCGUUUAUUUGAACAUGAUAAAAUGUUGCGAUUGACCUAGAAAACAUUUUUCCAGGAGGUUGCGAAAAUUCCGGAUUUUUUGUCAGCGAUAACACUGUUUUGAAAUCACAAGAUGCAAUUGUAUACAAAGAUACAUCAGAAGAUGAAUGUUUGAGAAUUUGCCAUCAAAAUCGUGAUGAAUUUGAGCGACCAAUCGAUUGCUCAUCUUUCAGUUAUGAUCAUUCCACAUUUAGCUGCACAAUUUACAAAGAAAAAUCAGUUCCAUUGGGAGAGUCAGAGAUUUCACCUUCAGCGGGAAAACGUUAUUUUGAGAAAGUUUGCCUUCCAAAAAAUCUCCCACAAUGCUCUGCUUCUCAAUUUAUUCGAGUUGAUCAAAGUGUUUUGGUUGGGUAUGCUGCUAAUUUGACUCUUGUUGAUUCAAUUGAACUUUGCAUUGCACAAUGUAUUCAAGAGCAAGGAUGUUUAGUAAGUGGAAAAAUAUUGGAGGAAGGGAGGGGUAGCAGUUUCUAGGUGCACACCGCUUAUAGCAGACCGCUAGAUGCAGACAGCAAAUCGCAGUCCGUUAAAUGCAGACCGUUCAUUGCAGACCGUUAAAUGCAGACCGUUGAUCGCAGACCGUUAAACGCAGACCGCUGUUUGCAGACCGUUGAACGCAGACCGUUAAAUGCAAACCGAUAAAAUUGUUUUUUCCAGUCUGCCAUGUACUUCUACGAAGAUGGAGAAUGUAUCACAAACAAGGAAAGUGCUUUGACAAAACCAGCGGCUUUUUCAAAAGAAGAAAAUGACAAAGUUGUAUAUUUCCAAAAUGGAUGCGAUCCAUCUGAAGUUGUAGAAGCUUCUGGAAACUCAGAAGAAAUUGUAGAAGAAGAGGAAGAAGCUACAACUGUUUCAACAACUACCACCACUGAAAAAACAACAACCACCACUGAAGAAGCUCCUGUGGAAGAAGAAGAAACUGAAGCUGCUGAAGAGGAAGAAGGUGCUGAAGAGGGAGGAGAAGAAGCUGAAUAUGAGGAAGAGGAAGAGGAAGAAGAAGAAGUUACAACAACAACAACUCCAAAACCAGUUCAAAAACCAAUCAAAAAAAUCAAGAAGAAUCCAAAGAACUUUGCAUCAAAAACAUACAAAGCUUUAAAGAGUGAAAAAACUGAAAAGAAAUUGAAUAUUCAAAAAGUUGAAGAAGCUCAAGAAGAAGUAGAAGAAAAAGAGGAGAAUUAUUUCUCAGAAUGGUCCGAUUGGACACCAUGCACAAAAAGCCAAGAACGUCAAAUUCGACGAAGACGUUGUUUGAAUUUGAGAAAAUGUUUGGGCGCUUUGAUGCAGGUUCAAAAUUGUCCAUCGAUUAUUCCAACCACUUCUAGUAGGUUUUUCUGGGAAAUUUUGAUAUAAAAUCAAGAAAAACUCGAUAUUUCUAGCUCCAUCCAACAUCGAAUCCAUCCGAUCUGUUGUUAAUGUAAAUGGUGAAGAUUAUGAUGACACAUCAAUUCCAAUUGUUUCUGAACCAAUUCCACAACUUCUCAAUGAACAAGUCUGGGGACCAUGGCAAGGAACUUGUCAGGUAUGUGAUAAAAAAAUUUUCUCAAAAAAAUUAGGUUUGAAGAAUGCAAUUUUUUUUGAGUUUCAUGGGGAAAAACAGGCAUGUGCAUCUCAUCCGCCGGCCGGACGGCACGGCAGCCGUGUGGGCGUGGCUUCGCCGUUUCGCUGGCCGAGCAGCAAAGAAGAAACAGCAGAGAAACAGCAGCCGCGGCAUGCCGGCCGGCUGCCGUUUUUCAAAAUGGGAAGGAGAAGGUCGUCGCUCCGCCCCCUGCACACAACAGACACAACAGCGCGCAACCCGAAAACCGUCGCACACACAAUUUAUUUAAGUAGUCUCGCGUGCGCGUAAAUCUAGCUAUCUUUUUCAUUAUUUCAUAGUGUUUUUGGAGAAAUUUUUUGAUGAUUUCGAGACAUUUCUUCAAAAUGGGAGCGGCAAUGCCGGCGUUUCGGCACGGCAGCUGCGGCAUGCUGUUUUGUUGAUUCUUUUCAAAACGGCAGCGGCUGCUGUCGCCGUUUUUGAAACGGCAAAACGGCGGCGUAGCCGGCAAAAUGAACAUGCCUGGGGAAAAAACACUACAGUAUGCUAAUAAAAACACAAUUUUUUGUAUUCAUAGUCCUUGGAUACUAUAAAAAAUAUGAAAUUUGCAAAAAAACAUUUUUCAGCACUUUGCAUCAUCUCAACCAUGUAACAAUGGAAAUAUGAUUGGUUUUGAGUCUCGUGAAUGUAUCGCAAAAGAUCCAGCUCAAUGUGAAGGACCAUUUUUCAGAUAUUGCACACUUACAUGUUAA